AUGAGAUAAUAACGAGCUCAUAUUUAGACUAUCUAAACAAUGGCAGCCAGAUUAAAUUAAAAUAUCUCAAAUAGAAGGUCAGUAUUGAAUGAUAGUUAACAAAUCUAAAAUCAUUAAUUAAAUCUCUCAGUCAAUCAAUCAUUUAACAGUCCAAAAUUAAUAUCCAAUCAUUAAUCUUUUAUAAUUUCAUAACCAACUAAUCUUAGUAUGAGAGAUACAGUAAAAAGUGUUCAAUGUACUUCACCAUCCUUAAGAGUACAAACUGAGAAAAUAGAAAAAGAGGACAAUAAAUAGCAAUAAUUUAUUGAUGCUACAUUGAGAUUGUUAGCACAAAAUGAAAAAUUAGAAAAAUUAAUUUGCGAAUAAAAUGAAGUGUUAGCAAUUUAUAAGUAAGAGAAAUAGGAAUUAGAAUUUAAAGUAAAAAGAUUAUCCCAAGAGAUAACUUUCCUAAAAGAUGCUAAUUAAAAGAGAGUAAUGGCUUUAGAAAAAGAGCUAAAGUAAAUUAAAGGAAAAUCAUAACAUUAACCCAAAAAAUUUCUUAGAUGA